AUGAGUCAGCAACAGCUGCAAUACCAAGCCUUCCUUGCCGCACAGGCUCGUGGCGUUUCCACAGGCUAUCCUGGCAUGCCGGGCGCCAACUACGGCUACCCAGCUGGCUCGCCUGCUGUAGAUAACCUCCGAUCUCUGCAGCCGCAGCAGGCUUCCCAGCUGCCCGCCGGACCGGGCCAGAUGAGUCCCAACCCGAUGCUUUCCCAGAACAACUACCAACAGUUCAGCCCCGCUGUCAACCCUGCCCAGAUGUAUCAAUACCCUCCGCAAUACUACCCCCAGGCACAGCCUGUACAGGGGCAGUCGGGCGGAGGCCGACGUGGACGGCGUUGA